GGGGUUACGGUUGCGUCACUGGUGCGCGCCGUGGGAAACCUGACCAGCCGCAUGGCUGCAGGUUGUUCCGAGUCUCCGCGGCCGAAAACGGCCUCCGAGGGGCCGGUGGUGGGGCCCGCCGGCGUCCUGCCUUGUCUGGAGCUGCCGACCUACGCUGCCGCGUGUGCACUGCUGAACAGCCGCUACUCCUGCCUCGUGGCGGGGCCGCACCGAAGGCACAUUGCGCUGUCGCCGCGCUACCUUCACCGGAAACGCACCGGUAUCCGAGAACAGCUCGAUGCGGAGCUCCUGCGUUAUUCCGAAAGCCUUUCAGGUGUCCCCAUUGCAUAUGAUAACAUCAAAGUAGUGGGUGAACUGGGAGACAUUUAUGAUGAUCAAGGAUACAUUCAUCUUAAUAUUGAAGCGGAUUUUGUUAUUUUCUGCCCUGAACCAGGGCAGAAACUUCUGGGUGCAGUUAAUAAGGUGUCUUCCAGCCACAUCGGCUGUUUGGUGCACGGGUGCUUCAAUGCCUCCAUCCCUAAGCCUGAGCACAUGCCGGCCGAGCAGUGGCAGGGCCUGGAGAUAAAUGUGGGUGAUGAACUAGAGUUUGAAGUAUUUCGUUUAGACUCAGAUGCUGCUGGAGUGUUCUGCAUUCGGGGAAAACUAAAUAUCACUAGUUUACAGGCCAAGUGCUCUGCAGUUUCUGAAGAAGUAACAGAAGCUGGCCCUGAAGAAGUUUUUGAAAAACCUCUGAAGAAGAAGAAGAAAAAGAAGAAAGACCCAGAGCCAGAUGAAGGAGCAGGUGGGACCACAGAGCCAGCAGACUUUGCAGGUGUCCCUGUGACGGAAGAGACAGACCCAUGGGUGAAUAGCAGUGUGAAUGGUUUCUGGGACGGAGAGCCAAAGAAGAAGAAGAAGAAAAAGAAGAAAGACCCAGAGCCAGGUGAAGGAGCAGGUGGGACCACAGAGCCAGCAGACUUUGCAGGUGUCCCCGAGACGGAAGAGACAGACCCGCAGGUGAAUAGCAGUGUGAAUGGUCUGUGGGACGGAGAGCCGAGGAAGAAGAAGAAGAAAAAAAAGAAGAAAGACCCAGAGCCCAGUGAAGGAGCAGGUGGGACCACAGAGCCGGCAGACUCUGCAGGUGUCCCCAUGACGGAAGAGACAGACCCGCAGGUGAAUAGCAGUGUGAAUGGUCUGUGGGACGGAGAGCCGGGGAAGAAGAAGAAGGAGCAGCACCAGGAAGAUCAGGACCAGGACCCUGUUUUUCCAGCCAGUGACUCCAGUGGUUACCAGAGUGACCACAAAAAGAAAAAAAAGAAAAGAAAGCACAGUGAGGAGGCUGAAUUUACUCCUCUUUUGGAACACUCUCCUAGAAAGAAAAGGAAACAGUGAUUUUCUUUAGUGUGUUGUAAAUAUGAUUCAGUUUCAAAAGGUUGAUUUAUGCACAGUGGAUGAAAACAUGUUUGAAUGAUAUGAAAUAGUUUUUAGAACAGGAAACUAUUGAAUAGGAGUUGAGUGUUUGAUGCUAACAUUGCAGAACCGAUCAUUUGGAAAAUGCCAGUAUUAUUGAAGUGCCAUUUUAUUGUGUACAGAAUGGAAGGUAAGAGUUCCUCUCAGUGUUGACUCUUGCAUUCUUCCAGGUCUUACAUUCUAAAUAAAAGUAUUUGUAUAAUCGCAA